CUCAGAGCUUUUUUAUGUGAUUAAAUAAAACUUGCAGAUUAUGAAUCUUUUUUUAAUCAAUUUGAGAUAGAUACUUCCGACCGGUCGGUGGCAGUAGUGCUCUGUAGUAGUUGCCUACUGCCGAUCAGAAGAGCGUCGAAGAAUGAGUGCUUGUUUCCGCUCGGACUGUUUUUCUGGGCGGACCUUUCACUUUUGACCCUGUCAGAUUCGCUACAAAAGCAGGAGAAAUUGUUUGUUUUACUUUUUUCUUACGUUUUUAAAAUGUCAGUUGCUGCGCGCGUUCUCCGUCAUGCGCACGCGGUAUCGUUCUUACGGUUGUCGCGCGGAACGUGCGCGGUCGUGUGCGGCAGACUUUACAGGACCCAGAGUCCUCCGAUCCGGAUCGGCUGCGCCUCUGGAUUCUGGGGGGACACGGCCGCCUCAGUUCCUCAGCUCAUCUAUGGAGGGAAUGUGGAUGUCCUGGUGUUUGAUUACCUCAGUGAGAUCACCAUGUCUCUGCUCACCGCCGCCAAGACCAAAACCGCAAAUAUGGGCUACGCUCCAGACUUUGUCCACAUGGCCGUGGCUCCGUUCAUUAAUGACAUCUAUAAAAAAGGGAUUCGUAUAGUCAGUAAUGCCGGCGGUGUCAAUCCUCUGGCUUGUGCUGAAGCCAUACAGGAAGUUGUCAAAAAGGCGGGCCUAAACCUGAAGAUUGCCGUGGUGACAGGUGAUGAUCUCAUGCCUCAUAUGAACCAUCUGGCAGAGGUGAAAGUGGCAGAUGACGGUCGCAUGCAGCAACUGCCAAAAACACUCCACAGUAUGAAUGCCUACAUUGGGGCCAUUCCCAUCCAGCGCUGUCUGGAUCUCGGGGCAGACGUGGUGAUAACGGGCCGCUGUGUGGACAGCGCUGUGGUUCUGGGGCCGCUCAUGCACACUUUUGGCUGGAAAGCUGCUGAUUACAACCUGCUGGCAGCUGGGAGUCUCGCAGGUCAUCUGAUUGAAUGUGGAGCUCAGAGUACUGGAGGAAUCUUCACCGACUGGCACCAGGUUCCCGACUGGGAUAAUAUCGGCUUCCCUGUGGUGGAAUGUUCCAGCGACGGCUCCUUCGUUCUUUCCAAACCACCAAAAACCGGCGGCUUGGUGUCGUUUGGCACAGCUGCAGAGCAACUAGUGUACGAGCUCGCCGACCCACGACGGUACCUGCUGCCCGACGUCACCUGUGACUUCAGCCAGGUGGUCAUACGAGAGAUCCCAGGUGUAGAAGGAGGAGCUGUAAGAGUGACGGGCGCGAAAGGUUUUCCUCCAUCACAAGACUACAAGGUGUGUGCCACCUACCUGGAUGGUUUCAGAGCCACUGCAGUGUGUCCACUAGGGGGCCCGCGAGCAGCAGAAAAGGCGAGACGCACCGCAGACGCCAUCAUCAAACGGACGAGGCGAAUGUUCAAGCAGUUAGGACUGGAGGACUUCAGCUCCCUCAACAUCCAGAUCCUAGGAGCUGAGGACACAUACGGCGCCAGUGCUCGUAACAAGAGCUCCAGAGAGGCAGUGAUCUGGUUGGCCGUCAAACACAAACAGAAGAAAGCUCUGGAAGUGUUCACUCGGGAAAUCGCCCCAGCAGGAACCGGCAUGGCUCCUGGACUGACCGGCAUCGUAGGUGGGCGACCUAAAGUGUCGCCCGUCCUGAAGCCGUUUUUCUUUUUUCACCCAAAGUCUGAGCUGAAGGUAGACAUUCACAUUGAUGGAGAGCUGGUGGAGUCGCUUACAGAGGCGGGGCCAGAGACAGAUGAGCAGGAAGCCCCUCCCACUUUAACAGAGGAUUUACCUGACACAGACCUGCCCAGCGGACGUCACCGCUACAGACUGGAGGAGCUCGCCUACACAAGGAGCGGCGACAAAGGUGACACCGCUAACAUCGGAGUGAUUGCUCGCCAUCCUCUCUUCUUCCCCUACCUGAAAAAAUAUCUGACUUCUUCUGUGGUGGAGGACUACUUUGCUCACCUCAUUCAGCCGGGAGUGAAGAACGCCGUCACCAGAUACUCUCUUCCUGGUAUCCACGGGCUCAACUUUGUGUUGCAGAGCUCACUGGGCGGGGGCGGGGUGGCAUCUCUACGCAGCGACCCCCAGGGUAAAGCUUACGGCCAGAUGUUACUGGAUUUGGAGUUUGAAGAACUGCCGGACCUCAAGUCACUGGUGGACUGAGAGACGUAGAGGAACAAUCUGAGGAAGGUGAAGAUCCUCAGCGGGUUAUGGAGGAAAACUUUGUUUGGACACAAACUAGAGAUUGUCAUAGAGGUGCAAGAAUCUAUUCCACCCACGGCUCCACACAGCUGACAGGACUAACAGGUCCAGGUGUGUGGGCCAACAUCUACUCCAACAAAUUCACUAAUCAGCUGUGAUCCAGCCAAGUGGGAAUAGGUAACUGGAAGUCUAAACUAGGAUGGCAAAAAAUGCAACAAAUCUGAAAAGGAAGCGUGACAAGAACAAAAAUAAGUUCUCACCCUCAGUCUGUCCGCUAGCUGCAGACUGAUCACGUGGGGGUCACAUGACCCCUGUUGGACCAGGCUGGAAAGGCCACUUGGAGUUGGUGCAGCCACUCUGGGUUUGGAUGAAAUGUGCUGUCCUCCAAAAAGAUCAUAUGACAUGGAAGCAUGAUCAGCACCAGCCUGGAAGGAGAUGCAACUGACCAAUCCGCACAAGGCACACCCACUUUUUUUUUUUUUUUAAUUUUAACAAAUUUUGGAUAGUCAUCUUGGGUUAUGUUUUUUAAAAAUGCCCAGGCUCCACCCCCUUAGCUUGAUCCACCUCCAAGAUUGAUAUCUCCAAAAAAACAUGCAUAAAGUGAAAGAUGCAGCGUCAUUCAUCACUGUUACAGCCAGUUACAUUUGGGCAAGUUGGUGGCUGAAUAAAAGAACACUGUUGUAUUUCUGGACUGACUGCUGGUCACCUGACCCCAAAAGGAAGCUGAAAACUUUCAGUCUGAUGCGGCUCCUGACCUGAGGGUUUUUGGGAUCAGAGUUGAAAUAAACAAAGGGUCUGAUCACAUAUCAGAGGGGCUGCAAGUCCUAAGAGGCGUCGUCCACCAGAGUGUUCACCUCAUUCCGACCCGACCCUGGCGCUCACCGGGGCCGCAGGAAUGUUAUAUUCCUCCACCAAACCGGUGUUCUGGCUUCCAUUUGGACUGUUUUGAACCAUAAUUGCAAACAGAUUCCCGCUGCAGUGGCUGAAAACUGACAGCACCUCCUCCUCAGAUUCACCAAACCCUCCUCCCGCCCCGCUGCAUCCCACGAAUAAACCUGACUCUUUCCUGGCGCUUUGGACUUACGUAGGUUCCUGGAGCAUUUUUCAGCUACUGUUGCGAUGACUUGUAAACUCAUUUUCAGAGUGAGAUUCUCAUCUUUAUUUCCACUGUGAGUCAGAAAUGUAAAAUCUAAAAUUCCUCUGAAGUUUGAUGGCGUUUGCGAAAACGCCGUCGCCUUGAUAAUCAGUUUCGUACACACAAUUAAAACCAUGACGUGUGAUUUAUUUCUCUCCAGUAGCAGAAAUAAUCCUGGCAGCAGAGUAGAAAACAGGAUUUACUUAGUUUGAUUUGGUGUCAGAAUGAUACAACUUCUAUCUCCAAGACCUUUGAGGUGACGGACCUCAGUGUCGUCCAGCACAUAUGUGACCUAUGAGUUUGCCAGGAUGGAAAGUCUCCAGUCCAAGUCGGGUCUUGGACAGAACUGCCUUAGAUCCUGGAUGGAAACCUCUCCAAAGUAAGUGUAUUUACUGCUGCCAGGUGAAAAGGGGGAAUGUCCUGACCUUGAUCUUCUCCGGCUGCUAGAGCCGUGAACACUGUGACCAGAGAAACACAUAACAUGGACAAAAAUAUCACUGAUUUUCCUCACCAGUGCAAAGUAAUACUCCUCAUCGGAGUCUCACUAAGUAACCAUUUCUUUGACAGUCAUUCUAAGUCCCCAAGGAUCCUCGGAAGAGACAAAGUAUCGGAUACACCCAGUCGUCACGUUAGGCCACUGGUUCGUGUUGACAACCAGGAGACAUGAAGUCAUCGUGAAUCUUUCAACAGUUUCUCCACAAUUAGAACCCAACCAAUGUGGGUUCCUUGGGGGCAGACACACUAUUGGGGUGUAAAAAAAAAAAAAAAAAAUACUGAUAUAUCUAAAAAAUUGCAUUAAUUCCUAACAUUUCAUUAUAUAACCCUUAUGACAAAGAAAUGUAACUGUGGAUUGAUGUUUUACAGCUUAAACGUAAAUAACUGUAAAUAUACCCAACAAUCAACCAACAUACAUCAUGCUGCCAACACUUGGAUUGGCAGUUGCCAUGACGCAUCACUCGGCAUUUGCGUAAAAUAAACUCCUAAAGUAUUUUAACCCCAUCUAGCUGGUGGCAUAGCAACAACUUGUCGCUAUAAAAUGCCCAUAAACUGGCUGCUUUGCCUCUGUCUCUUGACGCCAACGUGACCAGAAGGUGAUGUUGGGGGGCAGCCAUGUAAACGGUUACUACAAAUUGACAGCUGAAGUAUUUUUCUGCAUUGUUCUGUAAAAAAGUUUUCAUUAUCGGCAAAAAUAACACCAAUGCCGUUAUGUUGGUAAAAGGCGCAUAUUGCCCGAUAUGAUCAGUCAUCCAGUAUAAGGGUCAGGCUAGAACAGAUACACUAAUGAUGGUUGACUGCAGGAAGUCAUCAAAAGCCUGGAUCUUGGUCUUGAUCCAGGUCUGUCACAAACCCAGACACUCAAAUUCCUCACUCAGUUUUCCCUAAGUGCUGCAAUGAAGGUAUCCGUUUAUUCCGCAAAGGUGCCAAAGACGCUGGACGUCAGUGUUAGCCAAAACCCAGUCCAUACAAGAACUGAACAGAGGCCAGAAGCUAUAAAAAGGAUAGUU